AUGCAUCAACCUCCAGGAUUUCGGGACCCUUCUGCUCCUAACCAUGUUUGUUUGUUGCAGAAAUCUUUAUAUGGCCUAAAACAGGCACCGCUAGCUUGGUUUCAGAGAUUUGCUCAGUUCAUCACUAGUAGUGGUUUCACUAAUAGCAAAUUAGACACUUCUCUUUUUAUUUACAGACAAGGCGAUCAGAUUGCUUACUUACUUCUCUAUGUUGAUGACAUUGUGUUAACUGCAUCUACCACAAGCCUACUUCAUCAUAUUAUUGCUUCUCUUCGCCCUGAGUUUUCCAUGACAGAUUUGGGUGUUCUGAAUUAUUUCUUAGGAGUUGCUGUCUCGCGUGACAAUCAAGGCAUGUUCUUGUCUCAGCAGAAAUAUGCUAUCCAGAUUCUUGAACAAGCUCAUAUGCUUAAUUAUAAACCUGCUCGUACCCCAGCAGACACUUCUGCCAAGUUCGAUGGAUCGGGUCCUCCGGUCACUGAUCCGACUCUAUAUCGCAGCCUUACAGGUGCUCUUCAGUACUUGACUUUUACCAGACCAGAUAUCACUAAUGUUGUUCAACAAGUUUGUCUUUUUAUGCAUGACCCUCGAGAGCCUCACUUUACAGCUCUCAAGCGUAUCCUUAGGUACCUUAGAGGCACCUUAGAUCAUGGUCUUCAAUUAUAUGCCUCUCCGUCACAUGGUCUCGUUGCUUACUCUGAUGCUGAUUGGGCUGGCUACCCAACUACUCGACGCUCUACGUCCGGAUACUACGUUUUCCUAGGGCAGAAUCUCGUAUCAUGGUCUUCAAAGAGACAGGGCACCAUCUCACGCUCUAGUGCUGAAACUGAAUAA